AUGAUGGCAUGGAGAUCCAGAGAUCUGAUGGGUUUGUGGUACAAACCGGAGAUCCAGAAGGUCCUGCAGAAGGAUUCAUCGAUCCAAGCACAGAGAAAACGCGGACAGUUCCUCUAGAGAUUAUGGUGACUGGAAAGAAAACGCCUUUCUACGGCUCAACUCUUGAAGAACUGGGUCUCUACAAGGCUCAGGUUAUGCUUCCUUUCAACGCAUUUGGUACAAUGGCAAUGGCAAGAGAAGUGAGUUCUUCUUCUUCUUCUUCUUUUCCAUAGUUUAUUAAGUUGG